UCAAAGUUUCAACCAACGUUCCUACCUAUACUUGCCUUUCCAUUCAGAUAUCUUUCUUUCCCUCGCUCUCUCUCAAACCCUAAAUCUUAACUGUAGUGUCCUUGCAGCUCUGAUGGCUUCCUGCUUAGGGUGUUGUUUUGGAAACACAAGUACUGAUAAACAUCGCAGCACUGACAAAAUAGAUGGUGGAUCUACAUUAUCGGCGCUCCAACCAGUGUCAUCACCUGACCACGCACCAGUUAUAGGUCAGACUGAAUCUAGUUCUAUAGUUCAGGAUCAAGAGAAUCAAGAUGGUGGAUCUACAUUACCGGCACUCCAACCAGUGUCAUCACCUCACCACGCACCAGUUAUAGGUCAGACUGAAUCUAGUUCUGUAGUUCAGGAUAAAGAGAAUCAAGAUGGUGGAUCUACAUUACCAGCAUUCCAACAAUAUACCUAUGAACAACUAGCAUGGGCAACUGGUCAAUUCUCGAAUAACUUUCUCCUUGGUGAGGGUGCUUUUGGUCAAGUCUAUAAGGGAAACCUAGAUGGUAAAGUCGUUGCUAUCAAAAAACUUAAAAUUAUACAAGAUGAACAACAUGAAAACCUCCAAACAAAAUUGGAUGAGAUUGAGGUCAUUAGCCAUGUAACUCAUCUACAUAUUGUUAAGCUGCUUGGGUACUGCAAUGAAGAAGCUAAUAAAUUGCUUGUUUUAGAAUAUGUUCCCAAUAAGUCCUUGAAAUCUCACUUACAUGGAAAGAGGCUUUUGGAGUGGAAAGACAGAAUGAACAUUGCAAUCGGCGCUGCUAAAGGGUUGCAAUAUCUACAUGAAGACUGUGAUCCUAAAAUUAUACACCGAGAUAUCAAGUCUGAUAAUAUACUUAUUGGCAAUGAAUUUGAAGCAAAGAUUGCAGAUUUUUCCCUUGCCAAGAUUUUGCCGAUUACUGAUGAUAUUACACACAUCACUACUAUGCUGAGGGGAACUAACAUAUAUGCAGAUCCAGAGUAUGAUCCUUUGCAAAGAGUAUCUGAAAAGUCAGAUGUUUAUUCUUAUGGUGUUGUACUUUUAGAGCUAAUUACCGGAAGAAAGCCUCAAGAUGCACAUAGUAACAUCAUUGAAUGGGCAAGACUUCGAAUUGUAUCAGCUUUGAGUGGUGGAAUAUAUCAUGCUCUUGUUGAUUCCAAAUUAGAUUCCAAAUUAGCAAGUUAUGAAACAAAAGAAAUGGAACGCAUGAUUUCUUGUGCUGCAGCUUCCGUGUAUAAAUCUUCAAAACUUCGUCCGCGAAUGAAAGAUAUAAUUGGGGUUCUUAAUGGAACUACGCCUCCAGAGCAGAUAUGGAACUCUGAGGAUAAUGCAUUCUUAAGCGAGAAAGGAAAACGCAGAGCAGCCAGACCGUGGCUCACAUAACUCGAGAUGUUUUGCUGAAAUUUUGCUGCAUGUUGAGUGUUUUGACUGAAUAGUUGAGUCCGUAUUGGUCUACUUUGGUUUACUUUCCCUGUGUUUCUCAGCUGGUUCUCCUCUGAUUGCUGAAAUUUUUGCUGCAUAUUGAGUGUAUUGGUCUCUCUCUCUUAGUCUGUA